GCGGCGUGUGAAUCUGGAGCCGGAGAGUGAAGGCGUUCAGGCGGAGAGAGAGAAAGAGGCCGCGCUAUGUUUGGAGUUCCUGCUGCAGAGCGGAGCGACGGCCUCUCUGAGAGACAAGCAGGGAUACAGCUCCGUGCACUACGCUGCUGCAUACGGUCACAGGCACUGUCUGGAGCUGCUGCUGGACAGAGACGACAAUCACCAAGACGACCCAGAGUCUCUGAACGCUAAGAGCCCUCUGCACCUCGCUGCGUACCACGGGCACGCCCAGGCUCUGGAGGUGCUGCUGCAGGGGGAGAGGGAGGUGGACCAGGGGGACGAGGGGGGGCGGACCCCCCUGGCCCUCGCCGCCCUGAGGGGCCACGCAGAGUGUGUUCACACACUCCUCAGCCAGGGGGCGUCGCCGCGCCUCACAGACAGCCAAUACGGACGCAGCGCUGUGCAUCUGGCAGUGAUGAACGGCCACACCACGUGUGUGCGCCUCCUGCUGGAUGAAGUGGACGGUGCAGACCUGGUGGACUCUGCUGACGCUCAGGGCCAGACCCCUCUGAUGCUGGCGGUGUCCGGCGGUCACGUGGACGCCGUGUCUCUGCUGCUGGAGAGAGAGGCCAACGUGAACGCGGCGAGCAAACACGGACUCACCGCUCUGCACCUCGGGCUGCUGUGUGGGCAGGAGGAGUGUAUCCAGUGUCUCCUGGAGCAGGAAGCCUCUGUUCUGAUUGGAGACUCUCGGGGGCGGACCCCCAUCCACCUGGCGGCCGCUCGAGGCCACGCCUCCUGGCUGAGCGAGCUGCUGAGCAUCGCCUGCUCCGAGCCCCCCAUGCCCCCCCCGCUGAGGGACGGACGGGGGUACACCCCCCUGCACUGGGCCUGCUACUACGGUCAUGAGGGGUGUGUGGAGGUUCUUCUGGAGCAGAAAGGUUGUCGCUGUAUUGAAGGAAACCCGUUCACACCUCUGCACUGUGCUGUAGUGAAUGAUCACGAGCCGUGUGCUGCUCUGCUGCUGGAGGCCAUGGGGUCGGACAUCGCCGGCUGCAAAGAUGCUAAAGACAG